GUCCUGGUUGUCAGCAGCAAGAGGAGGAGACAUCGAGUGCAGCACCAUCUGGGACUGGACUCUCCUCUCAGACCAGUGGCAGCCUUCUCAGCCAGCAGCAGACCGAGGAAAAAUCACCACCAUGAGAAUUGCAGUGAUUUGCUUCUGCUUAUUAGGCAUCGCCUACGCCCUUCCAGUUAAACAUGCUGAUUCUGGAAGCUCUGAGGAAAGGCAGCUUUACAACAAACACCCAGAUGCUGUAGCCACAUGGUUAAAGCCUGACCCAUCUCAGAAGCAGAGUCUCCUAGCACCACAGAAUACGGUAUCCUCUGAAGAAACUGAUGACUUCAAACAAGAGACUCUCCCAAGUAAGUCCAAUGAGAGCCAGGACCACACAGAUGAAGUGGAUGAUGACGACGAAGAUCAUGUGGACAGCCAAGACUCCAUCGACUCAAAUGACUCAGAUGACGAUGGUCACACUGAUGACCCUGACAAUUCUGACGAGUCUCACCAUUCUGAUGAAUCUGAUGAACUGGUCACUGAUUUUCCCACUGACUUUCCUGGAACCCCUUUUGCCACUCCAGCUGUCCCCACAAUAGACACAAAUGAUGGCCGAGGUGAUAGUGUGGCUUAUGGACUGAGGUUAAAAUCGAAGAAGUUACACAGAUCUGUCGUCCAGUAUCCUGAUGCUACAGAGGAAGACCUUACGUCACACAUGGAAAGCGAUGAGAUGGAUGAUGCACACAGGGCCAUCCUGGUAGCCCAGGGCCUGCCCGUGGCUUCUGAUUGGGACAGCCAAGGGAAGGACAGCCAGGAAGCAAGUCAGCUGGAUGACCACAGUGUGGAAACCCACAGCCGCGAGGCUGCCAAAGAAUAUAAGCUGAAGGCAAUGGAUGCAAGCAAUGAGCAUUCUGUUGGGAUUGAUAGUCAGGAAAAUUCCAGAGUCAGCCAUGAGUUCCACAGCCGAGAAUUGCAGAGCCAUGAAGACAAGCUGGCAUCAGCCCCUCAGAGUGAGGAACAAGAUAAACAUCUCAAAUUUCGCAUUUCUCAUGAAUUAGAGAGUGCAUCAUCUGAGGUCAAUUAAAAAACGAAAAAUACAAUUUUCUGCUUUUAGUUAAAAGG